UCCUGUCUGUGUCACAAGCAGACACCCCUCCGCCCGAGCAGAGAGUGGGACGCUCCGCCUCGCUCUGGGCUCUGUUGUUGUGCAGAGCUGCAUGCACUGGGCCUGACAGAGCCGAGCCUGACAGGAAGACGAGGAAGACCUCAAGACAGAGACAUGCUGCGGACCGAGAGCCGGGAAGCUGUGUCAUCAUCCUGUCCGACCAGCACCGCCGCGGAGGAGAGAGACGAGGCCAAGGCGGCGGAGAGGACGGGCAGCAUCAGUGAAAGCAGGAGAAAGUGAAGGGGAGAGGAGAGGCAAGGUGAAAGGAGGAAGGAAAGGGAGGGAGGAAGGAGGCUGGAGCAUGAGGAGGGGCGCCUGACUGACUGACUGACUGACUGACUGACUGACAUUGCUGCUGCUUUCAGCUCUAAACACACACAAGAGGACGCAGACCCAGACAAAAUCGGGCUCCGUCCUCCAUCUCUUCCUUCUUCUUCUUAAAGCAAGAGGAUAUAGAGAAGGACGACGACGAAGAGGAGGAGGAGAAGGAGGGGAGUUCAGUAACCCUCUCCUCUCCUGCACUCAGACACACACAGCAGAGACAGAGGCAGAGAGGAGGACAGCAGGAAAAGGAAAGAGAACGCGGCUUUGUGCUCUUCAUUUCGCCGUCUCCUGCGGUCGCUCGGCCGGAGAGCGGCUAACAGGCACCGCUCAUGUCCGUGAACUCAGAGAAAUCCUCGUCCCCUGAAAGGCCUGAAACCCAGCAGAAAGCCCCGGUUAGUACCCCGCCCCCUCCCCCGCCUCCGCCUCCACCUCCACCUGAGCUGGCAGGGCCAACAGAGCCGGAGGAAGAGAUACUGGGCUCUGAUGAUGAGGAGCAGGAGGACCCAGCAGACUACUGUAAAGGAGGAUACCAUCCGGUGAAGAUCGGGGAUUUAUUCAACGGAAGGUACCAUGUGAUCAGGAAGUUGGGAUGGGGCCACUUCUCCACAGUAUGGCUGUGCUGGGACAUACAAGUGAAGAACUUCGUGGCGAUGAAGGUGGUGAAGAGCGCCCAGCACUACACGGAAACGGCCCUGGAUGAGAUCAAAUUGUUGCGAUGUGUGAGAGAGAGCGACCCCGGCGACCCGAACAAAGACAUGGUGGUGCAGCUGAUAGACGACUUCAAGAUCUCCGGCGUCAACGGCAUACAUGUGUGUAUGGUGUUUGAGGUGCUGGGUCAUCACCUGCUGAAAUGGAUCAUUAAAUCCAACUACCAAGGUCUGCCGCUGCCGUGUGUCAAGAGCAUUAUCAGACAGGUCCUGCAGGGUUUGGACUACCUCCACACGAAGUGUAAAAUCAUCCACACAGACAUCAAACCUGAGAACAUCCUGAUGUGUGUGGACGACGUGUUCGUGAGGCGCAUGGCCAUGGAGGCCACCGAGUGGCAGAAAGCUGGAGCUCCACCCCCAUCCGGAUCAGCUGUUAGCACAGCGCCCCAGCUCAAACCGGUGAGUACGUCUGAUGUGGGAAAAAUCUCCAAGAACAAGAAGAAGAAGCUGAAGAAGAAACAGAAACGGCAGGCCGAGCUGCUGGAGAGGCGGAUGUUGGAGAUCGAAGCCUUGGAGCGAGAGGCCGAGAUCAGGGAGGAGAGAGCCAAAGAGAGCGGCGACAAGGGUGACGCUGAACGCAGCCUGCCUUCGCCGCAGCAGCCGCCGCCUCUGGGACCCAGCAUGGCUCUGGGAGAGAGCGACGACGACGACGAUGACGAGGAGGAUGGAGAGGAAGAAGAGGAGGAGGGAGGAGAAAGGGAGAGACCCGUCAGGUUGACGAAUCAUACAUGCGCAGCGCCUCCCCAGGAGCAAAGCGAAACGCCACAAAUCCCCGCUGACAACCAACAAGAGGAGGGGGAGGAAGAGGAAGAGGAAGAAGAGCCCACGCCUGUCGCUGAAAAAGACGCCCCCAUACCCCCCGCCUCAGAAGAAGGUAAUGGAGAUUCAGGACAAGCAGAUGGGGAGGAAGAGAAGGAGGAGGGAGAGGAGGAGGAGGAGGAGGAGGAGGAGGAGGAGGAGGAGCCACUGAAAGUGACAGAAAAUGAGAAUGUGAAGGAAGAGGAGGAGGAGACGGAGGAAAAGGUAGAGGAAGAACAAGUAGAGGAGAAAAAAGAGGAGGAUGGAGACAUCGGAACAGAGGCACCAAAGACUGAGAGCAAAGCCGAGGACGAGGCGGCUGUGGAAGAGGAAGAGUCAAAGGAGCAGGAGUGGGAGGAGUACGAGGAGAUAUACGAUGACGAAGACGACGAUGAUACGACGACGACAACGACGGCGGACCUCUUCACGGACAGCACCUCUCCGGUUAAACAGCAGAUCACUAAAACCAUUUCAGCUAAAACUAACGGGCACAUCCUGUUGGUCUCCGAGUCGCUGAGACAAAACCCCGGCACGCCGCCCACUCCCUCGCCCACGCCCGAGCCCGUCCUCUGCCCCCUGGUGGAGUCCGAGCUCAGCUACACGGACCGGGACAUCUCGCUCAGCUCCGGGUACGAGAUGUACAACGGCGAAGUGGCCGAGCCGGCGCUGACCAACGGCUCCAGCGAGCAGCACCGCGCCGCCGUGCCCCUCUUCCCCGACCUGCCUCUGGACCCUGAGCCCAGAAACCCGGUUCCCGUGGGGACGGUGGACAUUGGGACAGAACCCGCAACAAAUAGCCCCACUGCGGACCGCAGUCGCACCGUUUCAUCGUCAAGCACAGGAGACACGCCAAAAGUCAGGGCCAGAGCUGCAGACCUCCUGAUCAACCCGCUAGACGCCCGCAACGCCGACUCCAUCAGAGUCAAAAUCGCUGACCUCGGAAACGCCUGCUGGGUGCACAAGCACUUCACAGAGGACAUCCAGACCAGACAGUACCGCUCCAUUGAGGUCUUGAUAGGAGCCGGAUACGGUACGCCGGCGGACAUCUGGAGCACCGCCUGCAUGGCGUUUGAGCUGGCCACAGGAGAUUAUCUGUUUGAGCCUCACUCUGGAGAGGACUACUCGCGGGACGAGGACCACAUAGCCCACAUCAUAGAGCUGCUGGGCUGCAUUCCGAGGCACUUUGCGCUCUCUGGAAAGUAUUCCCGGGAGUUCUUCAACAGAAGAGACCACAUCGCUCUGAUCACGGAGCUCCUCGGGAAGGUCCCGCGCAAAGUGGUAGCUGCUGGGAAGUUCAGCCGAGAGUUUUUCUCCAAGAAAGGCGAGCUGCGGCACAUCACCAAGCUGAAGCCGUGGUCUCUGUUCGACGUGCUGGUCGAAAAGUACGGCUGGUCGCACGAAGACGCCGGCCACUUCACUCAGUUCCUGCUGCCCAUGCUGGAGAUGGUGCCUGAGAAGAGGGCCUCGGCCGGGGAAUGCCUAAACCACCCCUGGCUCAGCUCAUAGCCGCAAACUUCGAUCACAUCCCAUCUCCUUUCCCCUUCCCCCUCCCCCAACUGUGAGCCCAAACAUCGACCUCUGUUGGCAGCAAGUGGAACCGUCGCGUAAAGAGACGCUUCCCUCCUCUUCAUUCCAAGCGCUCCUAACCAGGCUUUACUCCUACAUGGGGAAUGUAAAAACAAGCUACUGGCCAUUUCUACAACAAAAAGGAACCGUAGGAUGAGAGGAUGGGUUUCAUCGGCGAGAACAAAAAUGUUGCUGCCUCUUCCGGCAUCAAGACGUUAGCCUCUUCUUCAUCUGUCGUCUUCUUCUUAGUUUAAACUAUUGAAAGCUGUUGACCUCCACAGUAAGAAGAGUCAACAAGAACCUUUGUUGCACUACUGACAGACGGCCCAGAGCUCCAUCUUCCAUGAACAACUGGAGCCUGCAAGUGUGGGUGUGUGUUAAUUUGCGAGAGAAUGAACGUUUGUGCCUAUGCCCCCAUAUAUAACCACCUUAAAGGAGUACCAACAUCAGACUUCACAGUUUACAGCGUGCUCUCUUCCAUGGAUCCAGUCCUAGAAGAAAAAACGAGAAAAGCUCAUGUCACCCAACAUGGCGUUUUAACAUCCUCUACGGCCCUGAACUGGAACUGCAAGGGGAAGAAAAGAGGACAUCACACUGAUGCAGAAAAGGUUUAUAAUCAAAACAAUCAAUAUUAACCUGGAGAAGAGUCUGCUUGGGGUUAAAGGACUUUAUUUUGAAAUGCAUGGAGUGACUGCUGAACGGGCAGGAAGGAAUAUGACGAGCCAAUGAUGGUUUCUGGUUUCAGUUCAUCUUUAGGAAAUAUCGCUGACCUCCUCCACCUUCCUAUUAAGGAUCAACACUUUUCACUCCGAGGUUUUGACAUUCUCUUCUGACUUCAUUCCUAGGAACAAUUUUUCUUGACUCUUUCUGUGGCACGUUUACUAGAUCUGAUUGGUACUACCCCAGCCGACCCACCCGUCUUUUUGCCCUCUGGAGGAACCCCGACUAUCCCUGAGCCUCUCCAGGAAGGGGGCGGUAACGUGGAAGGUUGCACUUGUCUUUGUAAAUGUCUUUCAGGGAUUUGAAACCUUUGUACAUAGAACUAGAUUUCGCAACACAAAUAAGCGACUGUGGACAAAUUUGUGGACAAAACCCCCAAGUAUCAUUCCAAAAGAAAAAAAAAAGAAAAGAAAAAUAACAACAAAAAAAAACUGGUUGUUGUUGGCAGUACUUGACUUCCCCUUCGGAGAAACAGGAACCGGACAUUCUGCCUCCGACUAAAACUUGGGAGGAAUGCUCAAACGGACUCGUGCUGCCACCUGGUGGCAGAAUGGGAGUACUGCAAGGCUAGUCUCAGUGCCAACACUCUGAGAAGUUUCACCAUCUCUGUCUACUUAAUCACACACACACACACACACAAAUCUUGAAUCAUCAGAAUUAAUCCAGUUGCCUAUUUUUCGCAAUAAAUAAAUAAAAAAAAGAUGAUUAUAAUUAAAUGGUGAGAUAUUUUUAAAAACUAUUUAAUUCAUUAAAAAUAUAGGGUGGAAAAAAAAAACAACAAAACAACUUCUCUGUGGUUGUUGUGACCGUAACAGAAAAUUGUCUUAUACUGAGGUGAUUGUGUUUGUCUAUUAGAGAUGUUUUUAUUUGUUUUGUCAUUAUUAUUAUUAAUAUUAUUAUUGAAAUUUUUUUUUUUUAAGAAAUAAAAACACCUCUCCCCUCCCGUUUUACUUGAACAGUGCUGCCCUCUAUGGGCCGUUGAUGGUGAUGAAAAGAAAAACUGUUUUGCAAUAAAGGGUAUGUGAUGAGAUUUUUUCGCCCCCCCCCCCCCCCCCCCCCCAUUUGCCCCUCCGCCCUAAUUUUUUGCACCGAAUCCUCUCGAUCUUCAUCGCUCAGCCAUGCUGACUGUUCUUCCUGAUGACAUCGACAGAAUUGAGUUUUGUCUGUUUUUCAUUGACAGAUUUAAUAAAUUGUAGAUUAAUGGA